AUGGACUCGUUUAUGCUUCAGGAUGACGGUGUGCGGGACCGCAUUCGCCAGGCUGAGGAGUUUCUAGUUCCCAACGAUCCUCAUGCUCGAAGUUAUAGAUCAGACAUUAUUUUGAUGCUACGCAAGAACCAGCGUCGCCUUACCGUCAACAUAGACCACGUGCGAGAUCAUAAUGCGGAAUUUGCACAAGAGAUCCUUCAGAAACCCUUCGACUAUACUCUUGCCUUCAACCAUGCCCUCAAAGAAAUUGUGCAGACGCUGCCCCAAGCCAGGCCUGAUCAAACGGCGAGAGACACCGUUUAUUACUGCGCAUGGGCUGGAAACUUUGGCCUCAACGCCUGCAAUCCUCGCACGCUGUCGUCGCAGCACUUGAAUCACAUGGUCUCUGUGGAAGGCAUCGUAACCAGAUGCUCUCUCAUCAGGCCCAAGGUUGUGCGGAGCGUUCACUACAACGAAGUCAAGGAUAAAUUUCAUUUUCGAGAAUACCAGGACCAAACCAUGACCAACGGAGUCACUACUUCUAGCGUCUACCCGCAAGAAGAUGACGAUGGAAAUCCCCUUACGACGGAAUAUGGAUUCUGCACCUACCGUGAUCAUCAGACAAUUUCCAUUCAAGAGAUGCCUGAACGAGCCCCCGCUGGUCAACUUCCUCGUGGUGUUGACGUCAUCUUGGAUGAUGAUUUGGUUGAUCAAGUAAAACCCGGUGAUAGAAUUCAGCUUGUUGGCAUCUUUCGCACUCUGGGUAACAGGAACGCCAACCACAACAGCGCACUCUUCAAGACAGUCGUUUUGGCCAACAACGUCGUCCUGUUGUCGUCCAAGUCUAGUGGCGGGGUAGCCACUGCCUCGAUUACUGAUACGGAUAUCCGCAAUAUCAACAAGGUCGCUAAGAAGAAGGACCUUCUCGGCCUUCUCUCUCAAUCACUUGCUCCAAGCAUCUACGGUCAUGACUAUGUUAAAAAAGCCAUUUUGCUCAUGCUUCUGGGAGGAGUGGAAAAGAACCUCGAGAAUGGUACCCACCUGAGAGGAGACAUCAAUAUCUUGAUGGUUGGCGAUCCUUCUACCGCCAAGUCCCAGCUCUUACGAUUUGUCCUCAACACGGCGCCACUAGCUAUCGCAACAACAGGUCGUGGUUCUUCUGGCGUCGGUUUGACAGCUGCGGUGACUACAGACAAGGAAACCGGAGAGCGGAAACUGGAGGCUGGCGCUAUGGUUAUGGCUGAUCGAGGAGUUGUAUGUAUCGAUGAAUUCGACAAGAUGUCAGACGUUGAUCGGGUGGCCAUUCACGAAGUGAUGGAACAGCAAACAGUUACAAUCGCCAAAGCAGGUAUUCACACAUCAUUGAAUGCUCGCUGCUCUGUUAUUGCAGCCGCCAAUCCCAUCUUCGGACAGUAUGAUCCUCACAAGGAUCCCCACAGGAAUAUUGCACUCCCAGACUCCCUGCUCUCUCGAUUCGAUUUACUCUUUGUUGUUACAGAUGACAUAGAAGACACCAGAGAUAGACAAGUUUCUGAGCAUGUAUUACGCAUGCACAGGUAUCGCCAGGCGGGUACUGAGGAGGGUGCGCCUGUUCGAGAGCAAACUUCUCAAUCCCUAGGGGUCUCUGCAAACACGCAGGCUGGUUCGCAACGCCCAACAGAUGUUUAUGAAAAGUACGAUGCAAUGCUGCAUGCAGGCGUGACCCGAACAUUAGGCCGAGGGUCCAACAAAAAAACGGAGAUCCUAAGUAUACCGUUUAUGAAGAAGUAUAUUCAAUAUGCUAAGCGGAUCAAGCCUGUCCUUUCCCAGGAAGCGUCAGAUCGAAUUGCCGACAUAUAUGUUGGUCUUCGAAACGACGAUUUGGAGGGAAAUCAAAGGCGGACAAGCCCUCUCACAGUUCGUACUCUUGAGACAAUAAUCCGAUUGGCUACUGCUCACGCAAAGUCGCGAUUAUCCAGUCGGGUAGAAGAGCGAGAUGCUAUUGCUGCCGAGGGUAUCUUGCGGUUUGCCCUCUUUAAAGAAAUCGUGGAGGAUAGCUCACGGAGAAAGCGCAGACGUACGCAAGCUGCUGGCCUGGCCUCAUCCAGCGAUGAGAGCGGCGACGAUGAUAGCGACGAAGAAGGCGAUGAACAAAGCCAAUCAACUGGCCAACCGAGCAGGGGCGCCUCUCGACAACCAACUACGCGCAUGCAGACUAGAAAUUCGAGGCUUAAUGGAACAAACGAUACUCAGAGCUCCUUCGCAUCGACACUGCCUGCAUCUCAAGUUUUAUCUCAGACUCAGGGAGAAGUUGAAGAUGAAGGACUGGCUAGCGCCGCUAGCAAUCUAGAAAUCGAGGAUGUUGCUCUCACCCGUCAACGACUAUCCGCCUUUAGGACAAACCUGGGGCAGUUACUUAAUACCAGCGUGUUUGAGGAUGAUUCGGCUCCUCUUGACGCGGUGAUUGAAGCCAUCAACGACAGAAUUGGCGGCAACGAAGGAGGGGCUUUUAGCAGACCUGAAGCUAUUCAGGCGCUCAAGAAAUUGGAGGAAGCAAAUCACAUCAUGUAA